GCCCCGCGCCUGCGCCCUCCCGCGGGGGUGACGCGGCGGCCGCGGCGCGGAGGCGGGACCGGCACGGAGGCGCGGUGCCCAAGGAUUGUGUUGUGUUAGAUGGAAAGAGUGUUCUUCAUUGGCGACUUGAGCUGUUUCGAAGAUUUGUAUGUGCGGAGGAAUUAAGAUGGAUGAAGUGUUUCAUUGGCUGUAGGAGCAGCAGGAUGCAUAAGGUGGGUUUGAGUUGGUCCUUUAUAAGCUGAUUAAACAUAGUGAACAUUGCCGUAACUAUUAGAGGGCAAAAUGCAGAAUCCAUUAACAAUUUCUGCAGUGGAAUUAACUACAGGUGGUAAUGUUUUGCAUAUCUCAGCCAGAGCUGAAGAGUCUUUUUCUGAAGAAAUCUGGGUCAUGAGGAAAGAAAAGGGGGCACAGCUAGAGCAAACAGAAACCUUGGACAGAGAUUCCCCAUUGAAAACUUACACCACUUAGGUGGUGGUUUUUUGCAUGCUAAUCCUGCAGAGAAACAUUGUGUCCAACAAAGUAUGCUGGGUCAGCAAAAGCAAGAAACUUGUGCUGGAAAGACAGUAUCCACAGAUAAACACAACCCCCCUUCGGACAUUAUACAAAGUUUUCAGAAGAAAAGUCAGUUUAGGACCAUUGCUCCAAAAAUGGUACCAAAAAUUUUAACAUCUGGAGCGGUUCCUUGUCUUCAGUCAUCUUUGCCUGAGCCAAACACACCGAUUUCAGCUGCAGGUUCUAAACCACUGGUGGUGCCAGCUCAGAACUACGCUGUCAUGCAGGUGGCUGGUCAGGAGGGGACGUUUUCCCUGCUGGCUGUGCCAUAUGUUGCCCCUGCCCUAACACAGCAAGCCCAGCAGUCAAAUGUGGCCCCCUCUGACAACCUAAAGCUGCCUAUCCCUAGGUACCGGUAUGUAAGGAAUAAAUUGCUGGGUGACAAAGAAAUGGCAAAAAUCUCUGGUUUGGGUGCAUGUAAGAAGAUUCCUACCAAAGCGCUGGUCUCAUCACAGACUUCCCCUGUGUCUACUGUAACUGAAGACUGUCCUGAAGCUCAUUCUAGUUCAGAUUCAACUGAGCAAGUGACUCUAACAGACUGUGACUCAUCUGAAAUUGCAGUUGGCACAGUAGUAAAUAAAAGCAACUGUGUGGAAUCUGGACUUCCUUUAAUGAACAAAGCUGAAAUUGUUAACAGUAAGAUUUCUGUACCAUCUCUAGUUAAAGACGCUUUAUCCAAGCCAGCAAGUACAAUUAAUCCCCCGAAACUAAGUCUACGCUCUGUGAAGACAGCAUCAGAAACCACAAGAAAGUCAGUCAUGACAUCUGAGAAACUAAAGGAAAAACCCACAAAUUCUGCAAAUCCUUUUGCUGUCUUGUCACCAGCAAUUCUUGGCAGUACAAUACAGAUGACUCCAUCAUCACCAAAAGGAAAACUUCCUAUUUUGCCUUACUCAAGGACGAAAAAUUCAGUGUUCAGUAAAUCUAAGCAGAAUAUUAAUGUUGUGGAUGUAUCUGGUCCUUCACUAAGAUCUGAAUGUGAGAAGACACCAGCAUUGACAAAAAACAAAGCAUUUGAUAAGGAAUUAGCUGUAUCAUCUACACAAGUCCCCAAACAAACCAUUCCAGAAAAUGUCUUCUCUCCAUCCAGUGAAGUGGAUGUCGACAGUCUUAAAAAAUUGAACAGUGCAGCCUCUAAAAAAAGAGGCAGGAAAAGAAGAGCCCCGGAUGAUUUACUGGCUUUUCAGACCAAGCGAAGGAAGUACAUCAUUAACAAGUUUAGAGAAGGAAGAGAGAGAGCGAAGGUUGAUAUUCUGACACCUGAAGACAAAAAAGCAGAAGCAGUGAAGAAAUACCGUAGUAUCAGACCAAAGCCAGUGGUAGUUGUGCAGGCCUUCACUCCACUGACUUCUGCAGCAGUAGUAGAGACACCACCUCGUGUCCAUUCAGAGCAUGCAAUUCCUUUAAAUGGUUCACUCGCCACCAGUUACAAGCAAAGUGACUCUACAUCAGCUAAAUCAAGCGAUUCGAGUAGAAAUGCAUGUUCAGCCACACCUAAGACACUGCACAGAUGCCCUGUUUGUAACCAUACCUUCCAGUUCAAGCACCAUCUCCAGGACCACAUGAACUCCCACACCAAGAAACGGCCCUACAUCUGUUGGAUUUGCCGGAAGGCAUACAUCCAUUCUGGGAGGCUCAGCACGCAUAUGAAGCUUCACCACAAUGAAGGCAAACCCAAAAAGCUGGUGUGCUGUGAAUUCUGUGCCAAAGUUUUUGGCCAUGCAAAAGUGUAUUUUGGCCACCUCAGAGAAGUCCACAGGGUUGUUAUCAGCACAGAGCCCUCUCCUAGCGAGCAACAGAUGCAAGACGCUUUAAAGAAGAGAGACACGAAUAUAAAAGAGACAGAAGAAACUACAGAGAGGGGAAAUAAGUGCAAUCUUGAGGACCUAUUCCAUAACCCAGGAGGAGUGAAAAUGCAGGUCAAAUGUGGUCGAUGCCAGUUUAUUGCACAGUCUUUUGCUGAAAUGAAGUUCCAUUUACUGUGCUGUCAUGGAGAAGAGAUUCAAGGAAGAGUUACGGAAGGGGGUUUGCAAGGAAAUAGAGGAGCGAAAGGGGAACCGAUCAAACAUACAACCCACUUCUGGAAACAGCACAAUGAGAGAAGACAUUUAGCAAAAUGCAGUGCCUGUGAGGAGGAGCUUUAUACUUUCCCAAAACUGAAAAGACAGAUAUACUUUCAACAUCAAAAUAAUGCCACUAUUUUAUCUAAAGGCGAAGGGACUCAGGCAAGAAGUGGUGAAACCAGCAAGGAGAUGCAAAACAUGGGGUUUGGCACAGCAAGCAAAAAAAUGGAAUUUUGGUCUAAAGUAGGCUAUAACUGCAUUUUAUGCAAACAGUUAUUUGGAAAAAAAGAGGAUCUUUUCAGUCACUGGCAGAGUCAUCAUAACUGCGAAGAUCCUUCCACUUUAUGGACAAUUUUUAGUUUAGUAUCAAAACAAGGGAUUACUGAAUUUUCUAAAAAUGGGGAAUAUUGAAGCUCAGUUCUACAAUGCUAUGAAAAACAUUAACUACCUUACCAAAUUUUUUAGGUGUUUUCACUGUCUUCCUAAACUAAUUCAAUAGAAGUAUCACUUCAAAGUUUUAUUGGGUGGGUUUGUUGUUUUGUUGUGGUUUUUUUUUUUUUAAGUUAUACUAAUCUUUAUUUUGGUGAAUAGAAAGUUUAUUUAUUCAGUGUCAUUCCAGAUGGGUACUUGGAAGUCGAUUAAAAAACUGUACUUAAAAUUUGUGUUUAAGGAACUUUAUAGCAGCAAAUACCCAAUACUAAUGGUUAACAUCAAAGAAAAAGAUUUUUGAGUUAAAUUAUACUGUGCACACAGAAAUAAAUCAAUUUAUAUGAAGCAAUCUCAAUCUUAAAUGAAAUGACAAAGCCUAGUGGAAGUGUUAUUUCAGUCCCAAUCGUACUUCCAAAUUCUGUGGUAAAUACAUGUUUCCACGCAGUUCUGUUGAUCACUUGUGCAUACCUGCAGCCGGCAUUCAGGAGCUUUAUAAUCUGUAAUUUCAGAACGUUUCAUUCUGGUUUCCUUGAUUUUAGUGUCUUCAACCAUAUUUAUUGCUUGCAGGCCUUUUUGGUGUUAAAUUCUGUCCUGGCAAUAGCAAAGAUUUUGUAUUUUAUAAAUAAAAACUCUACAUAUAUUUAUUUGCCUGUGGCUUUUUGGGUUGAAGAUGAAUUAUUUGCCGGCCACAAAGAUGAAGCCCUCCAGGCUUGACUGCUUUAUGAAAAAGAACAAGUUUGUUUUAAAAAUAGUGAUCUGAGUUGGUUACAUGUGGGAAGUCUGACAUUGUGCAGUAGACUGCACAUCUCACAGUGCACUUUUAGUGUAUUCCUUGUACCUCCAGUCACAGCAGCACCACUGCCAACACUGUUAGCACUCUGCCUUCAACACUCUUGGUGUAUCACUUUUGUACCGCUACAGCUGAGACAGUCUCUGGCUCUAAAGAGGAAUUGUUCCUGCACUUGUAAAUCUGUGGUAUAGGGAAUGAGUUGUUUUCACUUGUGUUGCCAGAUUUGCUGUACUAGAGGAACUGGGUGCAACACCUUAACCUUCCAAUAUUAGGAGCUGGUAACCAUUCCCAUAGCAGGGAGCAGCCUGUGGUGCAGGAGCAGUGCAUCCUGUGAUCAGCAGGGCAGGCAAGGGUGGGGAACUUUGCAGCACAUCUCCAAGGGGGCAAGUCUGGUCAGGCUGUAAGGGAUGGAGUUCUGGAGCUCAGCUUUGACAAAAAGGUCAUUGAAACCAUUGAAUCUAGUUUAAAAUUGAUGUUUGAACUGCUGUUACUCAAAGCCUUACGUACCACUGAAUUAUUUUGGGAGUAAUAAAGGAGGCAGUCUAAGAAAUCACUUACAUCGCUGUUCAAUGGAAGUCAGAGCACAUCAGAGGGCAAGCUGAAAAAUACACCAGUACUGUCCCUACAGUGCUCCUCUAUUCAUUUCUGUGGUCAACUGUAA